UUCUGUCACGCCAGAAAUACAAACAAACCCGCCAUAUGAAACUUUUUUUGAUAAACUAUAGUAUGUCUUUGAAAGAUCUUAUAAAAACGUAUUAGUCUCCAUAUGAAUAUAAUAUGAAUGAAAGCUACAAUUGGAUUUUCAGUUCUUCAUAUAGAUAUGUCUAGUAGGGGAAGUGAAAACUUGAGCGAUUUCAAAUUGAUGGGAGGGUCGAUAAAGCUCAGCGAAAGGCCCCCUAGCAGUUCACAUUCUUCCAUUUCCAAGAAGUUUUACUUUUCGAAAUUUUCUUCAAGGCCCUCGUCAGCUUUUCCUCGUUUAUGUUCUGGAGGAAAUUCGCAGGAUGAGAAUGUCUCUGUAAGGAAUGAUCGAAGGCCAUUUUCAGCAGAUUUUGUGAUGGCUAAUAAUCCAUUAAUAUCUGGAAAAUCUAAGGAAACUUUAACAGAUGGCAGUUUUGAAAGUAUUUAUGUUCCAGUAGAUUUUCAACUGCCUUCAUCGAACCUCUUCAAGGAGCUCAUGCAGGAAGAUAUCGAUGAAUGGAGAAGUCUCGAAAUAGAGAAUUCUCUCGAAAUGAAGGGAAAAACUCUGUCGGAACACUCCAUACCCACGUUGGUAACGAGCGAUUCCGAAAGAACAGACAUAAGUAAACCUGAAGAUAGUUCCACCAGAUAUAAAUCACAAAAAGACGAAGACUUGAAAGGAAUGAAGAACAAGGAAACGAAGCAAAAUAUAGCAGACAUCGAUAAACCAAACGAUAGUCUACUAGAUCUAGGAGAAUGUCUGAAUCAGAUCGAUGAAACCACGAAUGAAAAUCCACCAAUACAAUAUAAUGAAAAGGAUGCGUCUAUACCCAGUAAAGAUCUUCCAGAUGAUAAAUAUAUCAUGACGCCAGGUUUGACUACUAAACCUCCCUUACCCAGAAAACAAUGCCCUUCUCAUGCAAGUAGCGAUGUGGAAAAGAUCAACAGCGAUCCAAUUUACGAUUAUUUCGCAAUAAAAUAUAAUCUUGAAGCUGGGGCCAGUAUUCAGACCAUGAGGGAAGUGGCAGAGAGGCCUAUAUGCGAGGUAAUUCCAGAGGAAAUGGAUGAUCACCAACGACUUGGUGAUGCUGGGGAAACGGAAGAGUUUGCAAAUAGGAAUGAAUCAGAACAUUGCGAGAAAACUAGGAGCCCAACAAAACACACCGACAUUAAAAAUGACCCCAAUUAUGAUAUCGAGAGUUCCUUGAACGACUGGCUCGAGGAAAUCGACAUGGAUAACGUCCAUUUGAAAGAAUCCGAGACGGAUAAAUAUCUGCAAGAAGUGCGAAAACAGUGCAAGUCUUCGGGGAAAGAUGAGAACCUCAACGAUCUACCUUUGUUGUCUGAAAUCGACAUCGACGACCUCUUCAAACUCGACGAUGUCGAGGAACAAAAACCUCCAGUACAUAAGGACACUCCAUCGGUUGUCUCGUCACCAUCAUCUUCCUCGGUUCAUAAAAGAGACACCGACGACAAGACUCGUACGCACAGGAAGAGGCCCGAAUCCAGAUCGCCAAUAUCGAAAAAAAAUCGAACCACGAAAAAUCCCAGCAGCAGGAAAUGUUCCGAGGAGAAAAACGAGAAAGAGAAGAUCACGAUCAAAUCGAAAUUUACAGGAAAGAAGGUGAACGCUCUAAAUUCGCCAGAGCACGAUGUACAAGCGAUGGAAGAUAACGUGGAAACUUGGAUCGGGAAAGAUGCCGAACACGUCAGGAAAAAUAGGCUGGAGUUUUCCGAACUGAUAGAUUGCGUGGAUGAUCUGAAGGCGACUACGGAGGUACUCGAUAAGAACUUGAAGAUUUCUUGUGCUGCGCCCUCUGAAGAUAUGAAGCAGGAAAAUUACGAUGAUAUCGAAACCAUCAUCGAAGCUCUGGAAAAUCAGGAUAAAACAUCUCAACAAAACAUAAAAACGAUGAAGAAGAUCGUGACCAGCGAGCUGUCGAACUCUCUGAUCCUGAACGAGGACGAAAAAAAUUUGGCGUUUAGGAAAAAGGACGAAAAAAUCGACUCGCCGACGAAAAGUCCUGGCGUCCAAUGCCAAGGAGACGAUUCUGGACGGUCCAGUUCCAUGGAUUGCUCCAGAGAACAGAGGAGUGCGAGAACUCCACGAUGUCAACAUCAUGAACGUCAUCAGUCAGAAUCCGGAGAUGUGUCAAGGAUCGGUAGGAGUCAGAGCGCGGAAGGAAGGCACCAUUGUGAGUCAAUGAGAGGAAUAGGAAGUUACAGGGACCUCCUCUCCUACCUAGAUGAGGUGGACAAAAAAUGCAACGAGACCCUGGAAGUUGCCAAGGAACGCGCACAAACGGCCUCGAAAUUGGUCCUGGAAUCGUCCGGACUAUUCGACACCAUACCGAAAGUUGAGGAUCUCGUCACUCACUCCUCCGAAGAGCUAUCGUCCUUCGUGAUCGACCUUUCGCUCAGAGUAAAGGACAAAACGUCCUGCAUCGGCCUGCUUCAGAACGAACUCUCAUCCCUCCGGGAAAAACUGCUCAACCAGACCAAACAGGCCGAGGCCAACCUCCGCCAGAAGCUGAAGGAACAGAAGGAGGAAACUGAGAGGAUCGCCAGAAGACAUCAGAAGUUCAUCGACCAGCUGAUGGAGGAGAAGAAGACGUUGGCCAGGAAAUGCGAGGAGCUGGUCGAGGAGAUGCAUAACAUGGAGGAGAAGUACGUGUCUAACAUGCGAGCCGUCGAGCACAGGCACCAGGUGGAGAUGCAGAAGAUGAAGGAUAUGCAGGCCGCCAGCGAAAAGUUGAGACGGGAAAGGUGGAUUGAGGGGAGGACGCAAAAAAUCAAGGAGAUGGCGGUGAAGAGCAUCGAACCAGAGGUCGAGAGGAUGGAGAAGAGGCAUCAGGAGGAAUUGUCGAAUCUGAGGAUGGUUCAUAAGCGUGAAAUCGAGGAGCUUGAGCUGAGGGCGGCCAGGAAGCUUCAGGAGCACUCCGAGAACCUGAGGGAGCAGUUGAUAGACGAUAGAGAGAAGGCUUUGGCACAUGAACGAGAUGUGAUGAGGCUCAGGUAUGAAAAGAUGGUGGAAUCGGAGGAACGCAACUACCAGGACCAGCGGCGUCGCCUACUCGCCGACCAUUCGAACCGGAUGGCGGAAUGCGAAGAGCGUGAGGCCCAGGCAGCAGCGGAGAAGGAGAGGGCCAUCAAGCAGGCCCAGGAAGAAUUCGAUGAGAAGCUCCAGGCUGCUAUCAGGAGGCACGCGAACGAGAUGAAGAUAGUCAAGGAGACCGCCGCCAUGGAGAUGGAGAACUGGAAGAAUUCCUUCAGGAAACAGCAGUCGGCCCUGUUGAUGGAGAAAGAGACGGCGAUCCGUAGGGAGUGCAAGAGGGAGAGGGACAGGGAGAUCGAGUUGGUGAUCGAGAAAUUGGAGAACGAGUCCAACAAGGCUAGGUCGCAGAUGGAGCAGACCACCGAGAACAGGAUCAAGAGGCUGAAGGAAAAAUACGAGAUGGAGAUCAGGGAUCUGGAGAUGCUGGAGAAGGAUGCCCAGACCAAGUAUUGCGAAUCCAGGUCCAAGCUGUUGGAGUACGAAGAAGUGAUUCUCACCCUCAGAAACACGGUCAAACAGCUCGAGCAGCAGCUGACGGAAGAGAAAUUGAAGCGCAGCAAGUUGGCGUCGGAACGGGAGGAAACGAGGGAGGAGAUCCGGAAGGAGUACGAAGAUAGGUUGCGCGCCCUCGAAAGGGAGGCGGAUGAGCUGCGGAGCUCGGCAGAUAAGCAAGUGGAGCAGCUCUAUUCCAGGGUGCGAGUAUCACUAGCAAGAAAAGACGAACUGCUGGCUGAACUUACAAAUGACCAUAAGGCACUCAAGGAAAAAUGUUUGUAUUUGGAGAACAUGAUGGAGCAACAGAGGAAGGAGUACAUGAUUAGUACAUGAGAGGAGUCUGUUUUUCCAUUGCUACCAAAUCGAUGAUUAUUGAAUUGUUGCCAAGACCAGAUUUUUGGUGAUGGUAUUGAAAAGGGAUUAUACAUAAGUUGAAAAAAUCAGAAAAUAUUUUUGCAAUGUAUUUAUAAGAGUUGUAAGUGUAUUUUGGAUCUACAAAUGAAGGAAUUUUAA